ACUAUUUAAGAAUAAAAAUAAGAAUUGUUUAUUUAUUAUAUUAAAUAAUAAUUGAUUAUAAUUUAAUAAUAAUAGGACUUAUACCUAUAUGAAGUGAACAUGUAUCAGUUAAAGAUAUUUUUGUGUAUAUUACUAUUUUUUAAUACACAAUAUAUUAAAGGUACAAUUUUAUCUCAAAAUACAAGGAUAACAGACGAUCUGAUAGUUGAAACAAAAGUUGGUAAAAUUCGGGGAGUGAGAGGUCAGGAUGAUGACUUCACAAGUUUUAUGGGCAUCCCGUAUGCUAAAGUUGACCCAGAAAAUAUCUUUGGGAACUCUCUUCCUUACCCUAACUUCGAGGAUAUAUUUGAAGCAAACAACGAUUCUGCUAUAUGUCCACAAAUCGAAGAGUUUGAAUUUCAAACUGUAGGUACGCUGGACUGCCUACAUUUGAAUAUAUACGUUCCCAAAUCAGCUGCCACUGAACAUCCUCUACCAGUAAUGGUUUAUAUUUAUGGAGGAGGUUUUAGUAUUGGAUUUGCUGGAAGAUUCCUCUAUGGUCCCAAAUUUAUAGUCAGACAUGACGUUAUUUUAGUGGUACUCAAUUAUAGACUGGGACCAUACGGUUUUAUGUGCCUCAAUACACCAGAAAUUCCUGGAAAUCAAGGACUGAAAGAUCAAGUGGCGGCUCUAAGAUGGGUUAAAAAUAAUAUAAUUGCUUUUGGAGGUGACCCCAACAAAGUCACUUUAUUUGGUAACAGUGCGGGUGCUAUGUCAGCGGGACUGCAUUUAAUCUCUGAUAUAGAGGAUAAUUUGUUUAAUAAUGUCAUAAUGCAAAGUGGUUCUGCUUUCUUCUCCGGAUUGGGAAAAACGGGAAAAGUUGACACAGUAUUAAAACUAGCUGAUGCAGUUGGCUUAACUACGGAUGAUAUAAAUUAUGCCCUUGCACAUCUAUCACAGCUCUCUAAGGACGAAGAAAAUGUACACAGAAUAAUUGAGGCAGCAGUAUCACUUGGUGUAAGUAAUUUCGCCCCGUGCUUAGAAAAGGAAUUUAAUGGAGUAGAAAGAUAUUUAAGUAAGAUGGCAAUUAAUUCAAACCAUUCCAAAGCUACUAAUAUUGGAAUAUUACUCGGUUAUAACAAGGAUGAAUUGUUGGUGUUAUUUGGAGAAAAUGCUAAUACAGAUAACUGGGACCAAAUGUACGCUGGUCUCCUAUCGUCUACUUUCAACUUUGAAACUGAUAAACUUACAGAGUUAGCCGGCAUAGUCAGAAGGUUUUACAUAGGUGACGAAGAAAUAAAUAUACAAGUGCGCCAUCAAAUGAGUGACUUUUAUGGUGAUAUGGCAUUUGUUUAUCCAAUAAUAAGAAGUAUAAAGCGGUUUCAUGACGCCAAUGUUGAUAAAGUGUACCAAUAUCUAUUUUCUUACGACGGUGGCAGGAACUUUGUCAAACUGAAAGAUGGAAUCACUGAACCUGGUGUAUUACAUGCUGAUGAAAUUGGAUACUUGUUUGACAUGGAAUUUAUUCCGUAUGAAAUCACGGAAGCAGAUCAACUUAUCAUCGACAGAAUGACAACAAUGUGGACGAAUUUCGCAAAGUUUGGUGAUCCUACUCCGAAUAAUGAAGUAGAUUCAGACAUAUUGCCGAUCAAGUGGGAGCCUGUAACCAAGGAAUCACCGUAUUAUUUCCUCAAUAUAGACACGGUGAUGAGUUUAGAAAGAAGGUUCCAAUCCCAAAGAAUGAGUUUUUGGGAGCUGUUCUUUACGGCAUAUGAAAAAUAUGAGAUAGGAUACAUUGACCCAAAUCCGGACAAAAAAGAUGACGGUGAACCAGACGGGGCAUCUACAACAUUUCUAAGUCCUGUGUUAGUGUUAACCAUUAUAUUCAGCAUAUUUUAUAGAUAAAGCCCUAGUAUUGAAAUGUUAGAAGCAGGUUUUCAUUUGUCAUCAUCAUGCGAGAAUAUUUGCUAGUUCAACUUCUUCAUUUGUUUUCUGUUUGUCCUAUAGUCCUACUUAUUUUUUCAUUCGUUUCCAACACUGCAAAAGCUUCCAACUUUCCCCGCCUUUCUGUGUCGAAGUUCACGUUUCGGAUCUAUUCAGAGCAAUGCUCCAGAUAUAAGUCUUCAUCGUGAUCAGCCACAAUGACCGAUUUCUUUUUUUGGCUUGUUAGUACACUUACAAAUUUGCAUGCCUAUAUUAUAGCCAAAUAUUCUGUACUUAAAUAUUAUUGUUACCACCUAAAAUACCAUAUUUGUGUAAAAUAAAAUAUUUGAUUUGAUUUGAUCUUUGCUGUCUGCAUCAAACGACAUCCCGCGACGAAGUCACGGGCGAUAAAUUAAUCUAUACAUAAUUAUUAUAAUAAUAUCAUAGCCGAAAUCAAAGCAUAAUCGAUAUAAUGUAGUAUUAUCUAAAAUUUAUUACAACAAUAUUAAGAACUUUAUCAUUUAAGUAAGGAAUUAUCUAAAUAAUUAUUCAUUUUGGUAUUGAAGCGCUGUCGUAGUUAGAACAUUUUUUCUAUUCUAUUCUAUAAUAACAAACUGAUUUUGUUAUAAGAGUAGCAAUAUAUUCCAAACUACCA